GCCAAGCAGGGUCAGUCUUGAGCAAGAUGUCCCGCAGGCUGAACGCACUACUGAUCGCCAUCGCCAUCGCCCUGCUGGCCCAUCCCAGUUGGUCGGUCCCGGAAUGUGGCCGUACUGCGGAGGAUUGCAAGGAGCACAGGAUGCAUCCGGAUUUGCCGGAACCAGAGCGCAAUGGUAGGGCAUACCGCGUGGUCGAGGGCGAGGAGACCACUGACUAUUGGCGCCAACAGGGCAUUCAGUUUGUCCAGCAGAAGUUGGCCUCCCAGCUGAAUCAGCGCCAGGCCAAGAACGUGAUCCUGUUCCUGGGCGACGGAAUGGGUGUGACUACCACCUCAGCGGCUCGUAAUCUUCUGGGUGGGGAGGAGAAGGCCCUGUCCUUCGAGAACUUCCCCUACACGGGUCUCUCGAAGACCUAUUCGGUGGAUAAGAUUGUGCCGGACUCGGCCUGCACGGCCACCGCGUAUUUGUGUGGCGUGAAAGGUCAGGAGGGAACCAUCGGAGUGAAUGGUCAGGUGCCCCGCACCGACUGCAAGGUCAUGCUGGACGAGAGCACCCACGUCGACUCCAUUGCCAAAUGGGCCCUGGAGGCGGGCAAGUGGGCUGGUCUGGUGACCACCACCCGGGUGACCCACGCCUCGCCCUCCGGCGUCUACGCCCACAUUGCGGAGCGCGACUGGGAAAACAAUGCGGAGGUGGCCAGCGAUUGCGGAGCCGACUCCGGCGUCCAGGACAUUGCCUACCAGCUGGCCCGCGGUGACGUGGGCAGCAAACUGAAGGUGAUCCUGGGCGGUGGACGUAAGAACUUUGUGGACUCCAGUCUGGAAUCCUGGGGCAAGCGCACCGACGGACUGAACCUCAUCAAUGAGUUCAAAGAGGCCAGCGAGAAGAAUGUGUAUGUGACAACCGCCGCGGAACUGGAGGCAGUGGAUGUGGCCAACACCGAUCGCCUGAUGGGUCUCUUCAACGACGACCACCUGCAGUACCUGAUGGAGACCACGCCAGAGAGCAGCCAGCCCACUCUGGAGCAGAUGACCCGCAAGGCCAUCGAGUACAUGAGCCAGAGCGAGCAGGGCUACUUCCUCUUCAUCGAGGGCGGUCGCAUCGACCAGGCCCACCACAUCAACCAGGCGCGGAUGGCCCUGAACGAGACCAUCGAGUUCUCCAAGGCCAUCGCCGCCGCCCAGGAGCUGACCAGCGAGGACGACACCCUGCUGGUGGUCACCGCCGACCACUCGCACGUGUUCACCUACGCAGGAUACUCGAGCCGCGGUUCAGAUAUAUUUGGAAGGACCCCCACGGACGGACGCGAUGGCAAACCGGUUAUGGUGCUGAGCUACGCCAAUGGACCUAGCUACGAUAACUUCUUCGACCCGGAGACGAAGGAGCGAAAGGAUCCGACCACGUUGGUGACCGGAGCCCACGAUGACGAGUUUCCCGCUGGAGUGCCCCUCGACAUGGACUCCCACGGAGGCGACGAUGUGCCCGUGUAUGCCCUGGGUCCCUGGGCGCACCUGUUCAGCGGGGUCUACGAGCAGAGCACCAUUCCCCACCUGAUGGCCUACGCAUCCUGCCUGGGCGAGGGGCAGACCAUGUGCACGUAGGAGGGAGGAAAGAAGGAUGAGGAUGCCAUGCCACCUGGCUAUUACAAUUAAGUUUGAAGCUCAUUAAAUCCAGCCAGCAGGCGGCAUUUGCAUUCGCCUGCACUCGAGUUUAUUAUGCGAA